AUAUCAACCUUUGAAGACUAACAGGGUAUAUCAUAUCCCUUCCCUCCUCCUUUUACUCCGUUCUCUCUUUUGCCUCCCUGUAACUUUUCAAUCUAUCAACCUCUUUGAUACCUUGGCAGCUCAGAGUAUGGAAAGGAUGCUCACAGCUAAAAGAAUUCGAGAUGGUUGACAAGCUAGGCGAAGGCACUUUUGGUGAGGUUCACAAGGCACGCAGGAAAGGGUCUGGAGAAUUGUUGGCAUUGAAGCGUAUUCUGAUGCAUAACGAGAACGAAGGUAUCCCAAUUACAGCUCUAAGAGAGAUCAAAAUCUUGAAACGAUUGAGGCAUGAGAACAUUGUCCCACUUCAUGAUAUUGCUGUCAAUCCUGGAUCAAGAAGUGGUAGAAGUCGUGCAAGUGUAUAUAUGGUCUUCCCGUACAUGGACCAUGAUUUGAGUGGACUCUUGAACAAUCCUAGAGUCAGACUUUCUGUCCCUCAGAUUAAACUCUACAUGAAGCAGUUACUCGAGGGUACCAUCUAUAUGCAUGCACAAAAAAUUUUGCACCGGGAUAUGAAAGCAGCCAAUCUCUUGAUUAGUAACAAUGGGACAUUGAAGAUUGCAGAUUUCGGAUUGGCGAGACCUUUCAAGCCAGAGGGCGAAGAUUAUACGUCCAAAGUUGUCACACGCUGGUAUCGCCCACCAGAAUUAUUCUUGGGCCAGAAAAAGUAUGGCCCUGCAGUGGACAUGUGGGGCAUUGGCUGUGUGUUUGGUGAAAUGUUAUUUGGCAGACCUGUCUUACAGGGAAGUUCAGAUCAGGAUCAAUUGGACAAAAUCUUUCAGCUAUGUGGUUCACCUACAGAGGAGACUAUGCCUGGAUGGUCAUCCUUGCCUGGAUUGGAGGAAAAAGGGGUUGUUUAUCAAGUCAAUAGGAACUAUCCUCGCAAGUUGAAGGAAGAUUUCGAGCCAUAUGGAACAUUAGCAGCGGACCUAAUGGAUAAAUUGUUGGUUUUGGAUCCAAAGAAGAGAUUGACUGCAUUUGCUGCAGCGGAUCAUGACUACCUAUGGGUCGAACCAUUACCAGCAGAGAUUGGAGCACUACCUGUGUAUGAAUCGAGCCACGAAUAUGAUCGCCAGCGUAAGCAUGAGCAACAGCAGGAACGCCACGCCUCUCAUCAUCACAAUAAUCACACUAAUCACCAUCAUGCUUCUCAGAAUGUACACGGACAUCAUAUGCCUCCUCGACAUGGAGGACCACCUGGCGGAUCAGCAGCACCAUAUCGUCCUAGUGGAGGGUAUGGCCCAGAUCAUGAGAGAAGAGAUAGGCCAAGGGCUCCACCAACAAAUACACAACCACCCACAACAUAUAAGCCUAUACCUUUGCCACCUCGACCUCAAACUUCUGCAGUACCUCCGGCUGCGCCUAGCACAUCGUCCACUAACACCACUCGUCGACCUUGAAUAGGAU